AUGGACGAGGUGAUAGGGAAUGUACGGACACUAAAGGGAUACGGAAUGGGCGACCGUGAAAUAAAAAUUCUCUGCUAUGCCGAUGACGCCGUACUGGUGGCUGAGAGUGAAGACGACCUCCAACGGCUGUUACAUCGUUUCAAUUGCACUGCCAAAUCAUUCAAUAUGACAAUAUCAACCCAGAAAACCAAAUGCAUGACAACAUCAAAAACACCAUUAAGAUGCAAACUGGAAGUCGACGGCAAUAUCAUCCAACAAGAAAUGAAAUUCAAAUACCUGGGCAUAGAAUUAUCAGGCUGUGGUGAUGUUGAGGAGGAAGUGAGGGCACAAACUGUGAGGGCAACAAGAGUGGCGGGAUGUUUGAGUGACACGGUGUGGCGAAAUAAAAACAUCAAAGUGGAAACAAAGGCCAGAAUUUAUAAAGCAGUAGUAAGACCAACUAUGACAUACACCGCUGAAACUCGACCAGACACAGCGAGGACAAGACAACUACUGGAGACCACCGAAAUGAGGGUACUUCGCAGAAUAGCUGGAAAGACACUACUCGACCGGGAGAGAAGUGAAAAUAUAAGGAGAACAUGCGGGGUGGAAAAUAUCAAUGAGUGGGUAUUGGGUCGAAAGAGAGAAUGGAACGACCACAUAAGUAGAAUGGACGAGGAAAGGAUGGUCAGAAUUGCACGCGAUAAAUCACCACUAGGUCGCAGAAGUUUAGGACGCCCUCGAAAGCGAUGGAGCGACAAUUUGUCGGUGUAG